CGUCAAAGUCAAAAUGGUAAACGACACAAAAAUGGCGUCUGCAGUUGAAUCGAUGGUCGUUGAUGAAAAACAGCUUCCAGACAAGCCCGUGGAUAGAGAAAAGACCUGUCCACUAUUAUUGAGGGUUUUUUGUAACACGGGAAGGCACCACAACAUAAUGGACUACAGCAGGGGAAAUGUUCCUUCGAACGAAUUACAAAUUUACACAUGGAUGGACGCAACUUUGCGAGAAAUUACCGGACUAGUAAAGGAAGUAAAUCCGGACGCGCGCAGCAAAGGAACCUACUUUGAUUUUUCAUUGGUCACUCCAGAGCAGAGAAGUUUUGGACACCGAAUGCGAGAAAUAGGCGUCACUUGCUCCGGACAGAAAGGCGCCGAUGACAAUAAAACACUUGCACAAGUCAGAUUUACGAUAGGUGAUUACCUCGACAUUUCCAUCACUCCCCCGAACAGGAUGACACAGCCACCAAUUCGACGAAGCGGUUUGAGACAGUAUUAAUAAAAAAUUACUUAAUUAAUUAAUUUAACUUGAUAAAAACCAAUAUCUUUUUUGUAAAGUAUCUUUUUUUCAUUUUUGCGUUCUUAAAAAUUAGUAAACUUUCAAAAGAA